CAGGUGUGCCAUUGACUCUGGGAGAUGGUCUGCGAGAUUGUAGUGCCAAUGAGGAGUGGGAUAUUCUAGGAUCUUUGCUGGUGUAUUUUGCAAACGACAGUUCCUGUGGUGUUUUGCUUUUGCCCAGAAGCCCAUGGUUGUGAGGCCUUGUUCUUUUUAUUAUAAAGUAGCUUGAAUGUUCACACUGGGAUUUACUGCAUUUGUUUCUAAAACCUUGGGAUAUGGCUCCGCAGCAGCUUUACGAGUGAGCUCUGACACCUCGAAGUUCCCACCAUUUCCCACUCCAAGCUGAGCAGGUUUCGAAAGACGUUCUUGAAAAUGACCAGCCUUUUCCGGCGGAACAGUAGCAAUGGCAGUUCCAAGAACGGCUCGGCCAACCCUCCUUCGCAGCUGCUCAACAACAGCAGACCGCCCCGACAGGUCCGGAGACUUGAGUUCAACCAGGCCAUGGAGGACUUCAAGGUCAUGUUCCCAAACAUGGACUAUGAUGUGAUUGAGUGCGUCUUAAGGGCCAACAAUGGGGCUGUGGAUGCCACCAUCGACCAGCUGUUGCAGAUGAACCUGGACUGUGGAUUUGACAAUGGGUAUGAUGAUAGCUCGGACUCUGAUGACAGCAUCCCCCCAGAGAUUUUGGAGAGGACACUAGAGCCGGACAGUUCCGAUGAAGAGCCUCCACCCGUGUACUCUCCUCCUGCCUACGACAUGCAUGUAUUCGACCAGGGUUAUCCGCAGCUCCCUCCGUUGCCACCUCGACGGAUUGACGUACAGGAUUCCGGCGGGAAGCAGUCGAAGACUCGGUAUCGGAAUUGGAAUCCCCCGCUACUUGGCAACCUGCCUGACGACUUUCUGCGAAUUUUGCCACAGCAACUUGAUGUGGUGCAGAACUCUCAGAAAGGACACCGCACCAGCGGCCGGGAGUCAGAAGGGUCCCUUGAGCAAGAGCGAAAGCUGAAGCAGUACUUGGAGGAUGAGCGGAUUGCACUAUUCCUGCAGAAUGAAGAGUUUAUGAAGGAGCUUCAGCGGAAUCGCGAGUUCCUGCAGGCGCUGGAAAAGGAUCGGCUAAAGUAUGAGUUAAAAAAAUCAAAGUCUAACAGCGCGAAUGAAUCUUUGCCUUCGGGUGACAUUAGUUUGCCCUCAGCGGUUCCGGUUGAUUCUGGCGCCUCUGGGGUCGCUGAAGCAAGCAGUGUAGUAUUUGAUGAUGCCAUGUUCAGGGACAAACUGAAACACAUGGGAAAAUCGACGCGGAAGAAACUUUUCGAGCUGGCCCGAGCGUUUUCUGAGAAGACUAAGAUGAGGAAGUUGAAGCGAAAGCAUUCCUUAAAGCAUCACACCCUUGGAACAGCAGCCUCAACAGCAAACCUCCUCGAUGAUGUAGAAGGGAAUUCUUGUGAUGAAGAUAUCCAGUUCAGAAAGCAGCCCUUGCAGGAGGAAGAUGAAGAAAACAAGAAUGGACAGUCAUGAUCCUGACAUCUUUCUACCGAAGGAGCUCUGUUCAGUGAUUACACAAAAGGACUAUUAGACUUCACAGAUGAAGUUGGCGACAGUUGAUGUACAUCUCUUCAUCUGCUUUUUAAUCAUUUCUGUAAUGAACAAGGCGCAAUUAAAUGGGGGAAAAAAAAAUCAAAAUACCCACCCACCACCAUUGUAAGUCAAGGGUUUGGGUGUAUUCACCUUCUUAUCUAUAAUUCUGUGUGAUUCUCAAGUUAUAGUUGUCUAGACCUUUCCAUCUAGACCAUGCCACAGUCCUAACCCUGACUUACAAUGGUAAGAGCAACUGGUAGACAUCCAGGUCUAGUUUUUAACUGUAACCUUGUGUUACAAUAUUUUUUGAUAGAGGGGGCCUACUCCAGACAUUGAUUGUAUUCCAUUUCGACUGCUGUUUUAUUCAGAUAGGCAGCAUAAUUCUUUAGUUCACUGUCAUCUGAUGUCCUUACUGGUCGUUACGUGCCUAAUGAUAUACUGUAUUAAUUGACUGGCCCUUUCGAUAGGCCAGAACAUAUCCAAUUAUGUAAAUGUUUCUGUUGUAAUUACCGGGCCAGCUUGUUUUCCCUUUUUUCUAUAAUUUUUUUUUUUAGGAAGAGAUACUAGAUUAUAGUGCAACAGGAUGAACUGAAAUGAAGAAGCAUUUGAUUGUUGUGAUGAAUAUCGAUGGGUUUGGAACUUGAGGCCUUAGCAAAGUUGAGUCACAAUCCCACCACAGCAAAAACAUCAAUUGGAUGGUCAGCCAGAAUGGUCAUUUACAAGCAGGAAGUGUUGUUGAAUGUUGAAACCUUUUGCUGCCCCUUAGUGACGGGCUGUGGAUCGUACAGUAUAUGUACCACCCCAGAGAGUGCCCUUUGCCAGUACGGUAGACGUGUGUGCUGUGAGGAACAUAACCCACCCAGGGAUUUAAAUGGAUCAGAAACCUGGUAAUACUUUCCAUACUUUGUUUCACCCUUUCAAUGCCCAGCCCUAGUUAAGGAAAAGCAAACACUAUGGCAGCAAUUCCAAGUGGCUCUGGGUCCCCCUCAAGUGUUGCUCAUUAAUAGCCAUUUUUGCUAAUUAUUCCAGUUGAAUGCUGCCCUUUUAGCCACUUCCUUCAGUCAUGUAAUGGGGAGGCAGAUGUGAAAUCAUAUUGUCUGAACCAAAAAUAUCAUAGCCGAGCUUACACGUCGCUAGGCUGGUAGGGAGGAAUCAAGCCAGGCAGUAAUGGAGUCUUAUAUACCUCCUUGCAGCUGGUGACAAAGCAGGCCAGGCAAGAGUCUGACAAUGGAUCAUUUAUCUAGCUUUUCACAUAAAGACGUUUAGAAGGAAAAAGAAUUGAAAUGACAGGGUAUGAGUUCCUCUGGUUGCUGUGUGGAGACAUUAUAAAUAUGCUUGUUUGGAAUUGCUAGCAAAAACUUCACCAAGAAAUUUACGAUCUUACUACACAAGGUGACCGAAGGAGCUCUUGCCCACUGUUUCAAAACAUUAACAUUAGAGAAAUGGGAGAUGCCACUGGUGAAAGGCUUGUGAGAAAUAAAUCUUUUUUAAUCAUGGUAGAUUUAAAAAAAAAAAAAGAUUUUACGCAUGAAUAUUGCAGAAUGCUUCGAGGAAAAAACAGAACAUGAGAAAGAUAUCCUGUAUAUCCAGCCCACCUCUACCUGUUAGAUCCUGCAGCAUCAUGUCUAAUCUUUAGGAGUGUGCUUUAGAUCGAGUGCCAUUGAAAGUCACUGCUUUUACCAGAAAACCACUUGUGUUGUAACGUCUCUUAUUAGUGCUUAGUCCCAUAGUUUCUUUGGCAGGAGAGGCUGUUGGACAAUUCUUAGCCAGAACAGAGUUUAAACCCCAGACCACCUUCCCGUCAACACUUUCAGAUGAAAGAAGCUAUUCAGAGUUGCAUAUAUAAAUUUGGGAGACUGGAGGCAUGUUUAUUUUUAAAUCAUUUAAAAAAUUAAAUCUUAAGGGAAUUCACAGUGACGAUUUGCUCUUCACCAGUCUAAUAUCUGUGAAGUCUGUUGGUUCCCAUAUGGAGUCAAAGAGAAACGGUGUCGGGUCGGGGUGGAGAAGUCUUUUCUACACCACGUUACAUCUGUUGCAUAUGCAAAACUUCAGUUAAACUUGUAAGGCUGCCUUAUGACAUGAUAUGAAUCCAGACAGAUUAGGUCAAGUACACAGGACAUGAUUAAAUGGCACCUUGUUGGGGAUCUGUUCACGUUUUACACAGUGCCUGACCUGGACUGCUUCUUGCAAGUCAAGUUCCUUUCCAUGACCUGCUCGGGGGCAGGGACUAGUUCCGAGUGACUUAUUAAAACAGCCACACCUUUACAUAGAGGGGAGUCCUUUGUAAGCGGUUCACGCUGAUGGUAACCACUUAGCAACACUGGCAAAGAAAAUAACUAACUCCAUUGUUGGAAAGGAGCAUUCACUUGUGAACUGGAGCGGCAACUGUUUCCGGCCGUGGCCACUUUCUUACCAAGCUGGGGCUACCUGCACUACUGGGGAAGCCUUAACGGUGACAAAUCUUCCUGAAGGAAUCUCAAACAGCUGAAUAUAGGAUUACUUCCAAUGCCUGACCUGGGGGUUGGAUGUAAGGGCCACUUUAAACUAUUGCACCAACCAACAAGGCCAUCCUUCACUUUCUCAGUGUAACACUGAACAGGCUUCUGUGAGGCUUAUUUCAAGUGCAGCCAGUAUUAUAAGUGAUGAUUGGAGAGAGAGAACCAGUUGAGAGCUGCAGAGUUUUGCCGCGUUCGAGGACAUGGAGGAAAUCAAUCACAGCCUGGAUUUUCCCUCCUAGUACAUGACCCAUCUUCUACCUCUUAAGUUACACCAUACUGUAUUUACCAUUGCAUCAUGUGCAGAAUUUGACAGUGCUGUAUCUUCACCGGUCCCGCUAUGGCCAGUUCUAACGUGUCAUUAUAUACUGAUCGCACUUGAGUAGUAAUAAUGAGAGGGGAAAAUGUUUUGUGGUUUAAAAGCAUUUUUUUAAUAAACGUGACAUUGAGAA